ACCUGUUAAAGAUAUUCAAUGAUAAAUACCCAUAUUUCAAUAUUCCAAUUGAAGACUUAAUAUCACAAUCAAAUAAUUCUCGAAAUAAAGAUAAAGUUCCACGUUCACAAAACUCUUUUAUAUUAUUUAGAAGAAAUUUAUUCUUAUUGAUAAAAAAAUUCAAGAAUUUGUACCCAGAUUUCAAAACAACUACUCCAAUUGAAGCCUUGAUAUCACAAUCGAAUAAUUCUUUAUCGCUAUUGAAUGAGUUUAUUAUUAAAUCAACUAUUCCAAUUGAAGUCUUGAUAUCAACUAUUCCAAUUGAAGCCUUCAUAUCACUAUCGAAUAAUUCUCUUAAAUUAAAUGAUUCGCAAGAGGCAACAAAACUGUAG